UCACAUUCCAGCUCUCGCGCUGCCUUUACUACACUCUCCCUCAUAGCAAUAUCUUAAAAUAAGCUGUCUUCUCUUGACCAGUACUGCGUCGCUUUGUCCGUCCACCGCGUUCUCGUGCGUUUAAAGGGAGAGCGUCGUCCUCGAUCUAAAGAUAACGCAGAGCGCAGCGGGGUGAAGCGGAUAAGCGGGCAUGCGCAAUGCGCGGAGACGUGCACGGAGCAACGCUAUCAUAGUGUACACUCACAAAUGGACGCCAGCACGCAGGAAGAUUGCCAUGAGGACUAUAUAAUGAACAGCACAGAUCCCGAUCCUGAUGCAGAAGCUUAUAUGAACUUCAUUAAGAAGCACUGUUGUUACGAUGCGAUUCCCACCAGCUGCAAACUGGUCAUUUUUGACACCACACUGCAGGUGAAGAAGGCCUUUUUUGCUUUAGUAGCGAAUGGUCUGCGGGCCGCCCCUCUUUGGGACAACAAACAACAGAGAUUUGUCGGAAUGCUGACAAUUACAGACUUCAUCAACAUUCUUCAUCGGUAUUAUAAGGCACCUAUGGUUCAGAUCUAUGAAUUGGAGGAACAUAAGAUUGAGACAUGGAGAGGUGAUUCAUUUCAAAACAUCUACUUGCAAUAUCAGGAUCAAUGUCUUGUCAGUAUCACACCUGAUGCAAGCCUUUUUGAUGCCGUCUACUCUUUACUGAAACACAAAAUCCACAGGCUGCCGGUUAUUGACCCAGAGUCUGGAAAUGUCCUACACAUACUGACCCAUAAGAGAAUCCUCAAGUUCCUUUAUUUAUUUGGAGGCAUGGUGUCUAAGCCACGCUUCUUGAAGAUGCAGAUUAAAGAUGCAAAAAUAGGGACUUUCACAGACAUCGCCACUGUACGACAGACAGCCACUGUUUACGAUGCACUUACAGUGUUUGUUGAGCGACGGGUGUCUGCCCUCCCAGUGGUGGACGAGGAUGGAAAGGUGGUCGCCCUGUAUUCGAGAUUUGAUGUGAUUAAUCUUGCUGCACAGAAAACCUACAAUAACCUGAGCAUGAGCAUGCAGGAGGCGGUGAGGAGGAGACGCUGUUUUGUGGAAGGAGUCAUUAAAUGUUACCCUGACGAGACGUUGGAAACUGUUAUUGACAGAAUUGUCAAAGCAGAGGUCCAUAGGUUGGUGCUUGUGGACAGAGAUGACGUGGUUCGGGGAAUAAUCUCUCUCUCAGACCUGCUACAGGCUAUAGUCUUAUCUCCAGCAGGUAUUGAUGCACUGUUUUCCUAACCUGAGAGGACAUGUUUCCUCCUCUUCUCUCAUCUAACCAACACUAGUAUUCAGGUAAGUCGUUACUGUGUAUUUUGUCAUCAUGGCCAUCUGAUGACAUGAUGUUAUAUCAUCUGUUAUGUAAAGCCUGAUACAUUUUGGUCUCCACAAUGAAGUAAGAGUUAUCUACUUUAAGCAGUCUGUUUGCAAUGAAAUUGGCUGAAAAUGUUGAAUGAAAAAAAUGACUGACCAAAAGAGCACUCCCUGCAUGUUUUGUGCAUGUGUGUUACCUCUUUGUUUGUCAUGUGAAUAUUUGACUGUUUGAGAAUACCCGGGUGGGCCAGGGAUGUGACCCUGUGUGCCAUGGAUAUGGUAAUUAAACACCAGUUGAAUGCACAGAGCAAAGUUUGGAACUGCUUGAAGGCCCCUAUGGCUGGUGUUUAUUUCUCUGUAUUUGUAUUGUUUACGCUGCCAUUUACAUGAUAUUCCAAAGUACUUCAAACAGUAUCAUGGCUUCAGCAAUGCACAUGUCCAAUAAACAUGGUAUUAUGUUUUAUAAAUAAUAAUAUUCUUUUAUCCUGUUUCAGGUAUUGAAAUCAGAUAGACUACUGCAGUGAAGAGAAUGAAGAAAGAACUGUUCUGCAUUGAAAAGAUAUUCUUACAAAACGUUGCAUUUUUUUACAUUAAGUUGUCCUUUUUAUGUUGCGUAUGUCUUUAAAAAUAAUAUCUAAAAUAACAUAUAGAGAUAUGUUUUAUCAUAACAGUAUAUACAUAUAAAACAGCUGUUUUAUGUUUUUAUGUAACAAUGAGCACUCAUGGGCUUUGGUUUUGAUCAAAUUGAUCAUCUAGUUUGCCUUUCUUGGCUAUUUUAUGAAAUGUAUUGUCAGAUGUUUUUGUAAGUGUUAUCUGCUUAUUUUCCUGCUCAACAAAUAACUGAGUUACUAAUCAUUUAUUCUAAGAAACCUGUAAACCAGAGAGGACAUCUUUUGCAACCACAGUGAAGCAAUUGUUUCUAGCUAAUAACAAUUUCCUAAAUUAACCUCCAGAAAGCCGAAUCCCCCUCUGAGUCACAUUUAAAUGCCAGGAGGCUUUUUGUCUUACUGGAGACAUUUGUACAAUAAAAUGUAUAAUCAUGCACAUAUAUUAUUUCCAAAGAUUUGUAUCUGGUAUAUCAAUGCAAAUAUGCAGUAGAAAUGAUUUCUGAAAUGAUUCUAUUAAAUCGUUAUGCAGUAAUAAAAAACAGCAGUGAUUGGUAAAUCUUAACCAGCACUGAGAAAAGCACCAGUAAAUACUUGACAAUGUCAUCCAUGACAUUUAUAUGCAUUAUUAAAAAUACAGUACAUAGUGAAGACCCUGAUUAUAUGAAUCCAUGUUUCAUGCUUAUACUAUUUCAAUGCGAAAUAAAAUAAUAAUAAUAAAAAAUAUAUAUAUUUUUGAUCCUUUCUAUGCAUUUUUUCAAGUAUUUGAUACUAAUUUAAAUUCUACCCGCUUAGGCCUAUUCUAUUUCUUUGCAAAACACAUGCAAUACAUCAGUCUGGAAAGGGUUACUAAGCUAUUUCAGAGGCUCUGGAACUCCAAAGAACUACAGUGUGAGCCAUUAUCCCCAAAUGGAGAAAACGUGGCACAGUAGUGAACCUUCCCAGAAGUGGCCGACCUUCCAAAAUUCCUCCAAGGGCACAGCGACGACUCAUCCAGGAAGUCAUAAAAAAGCCAAGGACAACAUGCAAUGAACUGCAGGUCUCUCUCGCAUCAAUUAAGGUCACUGUUCAUGACUCCACUAUCAGAAAGACACUGGCAUCCGUGUAAGCGUGUCGAGGUGAAAACCACAGCUAACCCAGAAGAACAUUAAGGCUAGUCUGAAUUUUGCCAAAAACGUUUGGGAGAAUUUUUCACAGCUGUUCUGUGGACUGAUGUGUCAUAAGUGGAACUGUUUGAAAGACAGGGGUCCUGUUAUAUCUGUCAUAAAUCAAACACAGAAUUCCACAAAAAGAACAUUAUACCUUUGGUCAAGCAUGAUGAUGGUGUGGGGAUAUUUGCUGCUUCAGGGCCAAUAAUUGAGGGAAACGUGAAUUCUGCUCUCAACCAGAAAAUCUUAAAGGACAAUGUCUGGUCAUCUGUUCAUGAGCUGAAGCUCAAGCACUGUUGGAUUAUGCAGCAAGACAAUGAUCCAAAGCAUGGAGUAAGUCCACCUCUGAAUGACUCAGAAGAAGCUAAAUUAAAGUUUUGGGGUGGCCUAGUCAAAGUCCUGACUUUAACCCAAUUGAGAUGCUGUGGCAUGACCCUAAACAGGCAGUUCAUGCUCGAAAAUCCUCCAAUGUGGCUGAACUAAAGUAGUUCUGCAAAGAAGAGUGUCCAAAAUUGCACCGUGAAAGACUGAUCUCAAGUUACUGAGAUCACAUUUUUGGCUUCAAUAAAAACACACAUAUAUACAGUAUAUAUAUUUGAAAACUGUAUUUUGUCUUUACUCAGUUUGCUUUUGUUUUAUGUUAUAACUUGCUUGAAGAUCUAAAAACAAUUAAGUUUGGAAAAAAUAAACAAAAAUAGAAGAAAUCAGGAA